AUGACUUCAGAUAAUUUAAACAGGUUGUACAAUUGCAGUGCAAAAAUACUCGAUCAAAACCUAACAAUAUUACAAGAAUUAAAUCGUAGUGAAUUGUUAUCAGUUCUCGACCAAGUGUUAAGCUCUGACAAUCGUAAUUUACUACGCGUUAAUUUUACCGACUGUUUAUUUACUGGGCAAGAACGUCCCUUCGAUUUGCCGUGGUGGCAAAAAUUGUCAUGGUCCUGUGUUUUCGCAAUCAUGCUGAUCGUUGCGACAGGCGGAAACAUUAUAGUCAUGUGGAUUGUGCUAGAGUAUAUGACUAAUUGA